AUGCACGGCCACAGCCGCAACGGCCAGGCCCACGUGCCCCGGCGGAAACGCCGCAACCGCUUCGUGAAGAAGAACGGCCAGUGCAACGUGUACUUCGCCAACCUGAGCAACAAGUCGCAGCGCUACAUGGCUGACAUCUUCACCACCUGCGUGGACACGCGUUGGCGUUACAUGCUCAUGAUCUUCUCGGCCGCCUUCCUGGUGUCCUGGCUCUUCUUCGGGCUCCUCUUCUGGUGCAUCGCCUUCUUCCACGGUGACCUGGACUCUGGCCCUGCAGGGCCACCACCACCACCGAUGGCACAGCCGCCCCACCCGGCGGGGGGGGCAGCCAAACCUUGCAUCCUGCAUGUCAACGGCUUCCUGGGCGCCUUCCUCUUCUCCGUGGAGACACAGACGACCAUCGGCUAUGGCUUCCGCUGCGUGACCGAGGAGUGUCCACUGGCCGUGAUCGCCGUGGUGGUGCAGUCCAUCGUGGGCUGCGUCAUUGACUCCUUUAUGAUCGGCACCAUCAUGGCCAAGAUGGCUCGGCCCAAGAAAAGGGCCCAGACGCUGCUGUUCAGCCACCACGCGGUGAUCUCUGUGCGGGAUGGCAAACUCUGUCUCAUGUGGCGUGUGGGCAACCUGCGGAAGAGCCACAUCGUGGAGGCCCAUGUGCGGGCCCAGCUCAUCAAACCCUACAUGACGCAGGAGGGCGAGUACCUGCCGCUGGACCAGCGGGACCUCAACGUGGGCUAUGACAUCGGCCUGGACCGCAUCUUCCUGGUGUCUCCCAUCAUCAUCGUGCACGAGAUCGACGAGGACAGCCCCCUGUACGGCAUGGGCAAGGAGGAGCUGGAGGCCGAGGACUUCGAGAUUGUGGUCAUCCUGGAGGGCAUGGUGGAGGCCACGGCCAUGACCACACAGGCCCGCAGCUCCUACCUGGCCAGCGAGAUCCUCUGGGGCCACCGCUUCGAGCCGGUGGUGUUUGAGGAGAAGAGCCACUACAAGGUGGACUAUUCGCGCUUCCACAAGACCUACGAGGUGGCCGGCACGCCGUGCUGCUCGGCCCGAGAGCUGCAGGAGAGCAAGAUCACCGUGCUGCCUGCCCCGCCGCCGCCACCCAGUGCCUUCUGCUAUGAGAACGAGUUGGCACUCAUGAGCCAGGAGGAGGAGGAGAUGGAGGAGGCCGCGGCGGCCGCGGCGGGCCUGGGCUUAGAGGCAGGCUCCCAGGAGGAGGCGGGCAUCAUCCGCAUGCUGGAAUUCGGCAGCCACCUGGAUCUCGAGCGCAUGCAGGCCACCCUCCCGCUGGACAAUAUCUCCUACCGCCGAGAGUCGGCCAUCUGACCUCCGCCAAUGGACUGUCGCCAUCGGACCUCCGCCAUCGGAUUGUCGCCUUCACAUCUCCGCCAUUGGACUGUCG